AUGACCAACCCGGGGUCGAGAACCGUGUUGGAUAGUCUCCUGGCCAAGACACAUGUUCAGCAUGCCUUGGUUCAGUUGGACGGCCGGCACAACGAACUCCCUUCUGCCCUAACUACUUUGUUUCUACUCGAUGGGACACCAGAUGGCCUCCGGGAAACCUAUGACUUAUUGAAAGGUGACCUCUUAUCCUGGGAGCCGUCACCUAGGGGAAUUUCUGACGAGGAGGCCAAGUCAAGGUUUUUAAGUGAUUCUAGGUUUCAACGGGCGUUUAUGACGUACUUCAGCAUGGAAAACGGCAGGUUCUCAGGCAACACCAGGUCACUCGCCAUUUGCCAUCUCUUCACGGGCGAUAGCCCCUUGGUCUACGGCCUGUUCUCGGGAAUUGGACGGCCGCUGACUUUGUUGGCUGACGGUAUCGAGCUGCGGGCAGCAAUACUCGUCAUGGAGUCCUUAACCCUUUCCGCCGUCGACUGGAUGGGGCCCAUGGGCGAGUUGCUGACACACCCGCAGCUGGCUGCGCCAUCCGGGGAGUACUUGUCACCAGAGGAUAUUAUUGGCCGAGUCGCGUAUGACGGACGCUUCAGCGGAGUUAUGAAGGCCGGCUCCGGUUUCCACGGGGUUUCGCACGUCUUCUCGAACCCGACCGCCAGAACGGCUAUUGUCGAGUACGUGCGCUGUCUCGAUACCCGCGACCUGGCCUUGUUGUUACAACAAAUUUCUGCCCUGUCAGUGCUGCUCCUCACGGCAACACACAAGCCCAACCAGCCAGCUUUCGACCUUUAUCUCGCCCGCUUGCCGACCUGCGUCAACAGCACCCGGGUGAUCCUCGAGAACUGGGUCGAAGAUGAGAACCACAAGCUUCUUCUCGUCAGAGGUUUGUGGCUUCUCGUGAUUCUCACGUACAUCACCCAGCUGAGGCCAGUCAUUGACGGGAAGCUCCUGGUCUCGAGGGAACUGGCGGAGGAAACGAGGGGCUGGGGGGCAAUUAUUGACCGAAUCCACGGUCAGUGCAUUUUGGAGGACAGAGAAGGUGGUCACGACCUCUUGAGAGCGGUGAGGAGCUUACGAGAGCUGUCGGCCAAAUAUGGCGCGGCGCAUGGGAGGCUCUACAUACAUGCCGCGUGGAAGUUGGUGAGAAACUGGCAGGGGUGGACUGGCCUGGGCGUUGAUCGCGAGGCCACGCUAAAUAUCAGAUUGUGA